ACAGACGCUCUCGGAGUCCAUUUUUGCUCGGUACAUCAUUCGGUACGGGUAGUGAAUAUCAAUAGCAAAUCAAAAUAAAUACACCGAUUUAAAAACAGUGUUCACCGUUGUGACCACCUCGAGCACCACUCGAUUGGACUGAAUGGAUGCAGAAGAAAAAGGUGUUUAGUCAAAGUUGAGUUUCGAACGGCCACCAUUUUUUGCACCAUUGGACAAACCUAUCGCAGGCGAGAUUUUUCAAAACUUUUUCAGCUAUUUGUUAUGGUUGGAGUGUCCACGAAAGAUAAACCAUUCCCGAACAUGUCUCGCAGUGUACGCGCCGAAACGCGGGCCAGCAAAAAGGAUGACGUCAAGAAGUUUAUGCUGUCGAUGGACCGUGUCCGACGCUGGGAGAAGAAAUGGGUCACAAUCGGGGAAACGUCAAUGAAAAUCUACAAAUGGGUGCCGAUUUCCUGCAAGGAAAAUAAAAAGAGCAGCGGGCUGAUGAAGGCUGCAACCAACGGUAGCAGCAGUGGGGUUGGAAGUGUCGGGAAUGCCAAUGCAAUCAGCAAUGCAUCCACUGUUAACAGUAACAGCAACAGCAAUAGCAGCGAGAACAAGGAAAACAGCAGGAAGCCCGGUACGGAUUCGAACUCGAACUCUAACUUCGCACUGACUACCGAAGAUUCCAACACCUGUUUCUCACUCGUCAGUGAUUCCCAGGGUGCGACAGAGUUCGUAUCCAAUAUGCCAUUCUCAGAGGAUUCCAACUCACAAGGUUCAGAUAGCGCGCCCAAGCGAUUGAAAACCGACUAGAGAGCGAGCGUUGUUCCGAAGCCAGAUAGAAGUGCAUCGGUGUGGAUUCGCAUGUAAGUUUCAUCUUCGAAAACGUUCAUUGAUCAUAUAAAUAUAACUAACGAAUAAGUGUAGAUUGAUUUGUACAAAUAUUUCGUUCAAAGCCUCAACAAGUUAGGUUUAAGUAUUUAAACUAGGAUAGAACAGUGGGUGCAGAUGGACUUCAUACAGCUUCUUGAUAUCGUAUGUAGGUUGGCUCAUUUCAUUUCGGAUAAAUGCUCACAAUGAGAAAGCUUGUGACAAGUGUGGUGUAACUUUUUUUUUCAAUAUUCGAGACCAAUUCAUUAUUGAGAGAAACUAAUCCAGGUUCCAUUGGCAGUAAAUUCGCAUGCAGGCACACACACAUACACUCACAAACCAUAUUUCAGCAUAAAAUUAGCGUAAGAUUUUCUCUAGUUUUGCCGUACAAGUCGCGUUUCGUUGUUUCAUAAAGAGGUAACCAGGCGUUGCUCCUCGUGCUUAGAUUGUUAGCAGCAUUUUCCGCGUAUUUUAGUAUAUACUUCAGAAAUCUGCGACAGAUAAAAACAAACAGAAAAGAUAUUUCAGAAAUUAAACAAUGUGUUGAAAGAGUA